UAAUUAAGCUUCUUUUUUUUUUUUCUUUUUUCUUUUUAAUUUUUUUCCCCGGUUACAAAUCAUAUCGUUCUUGACGACACUGUAUCGAAAAAACAAAAAUUCCCCUUCUCCCUCUUUCUCGUUUACGCUCCUCUUAACUCUAAACCCUAACCAGUAGAUUUAGAUACGUACAUGGGUUGCUCCGCAUCAGUUCCUGAUAGAAAUGUAGGGCGGAUAGGCGGGCUUAAUCCGGAGAAUGGAGGGGCGAAUGAUGCUAAGAAUCUGCGGGUGAAGCUUGUGGUGUUAGGUAGUUCUGGGGUCGGGAAAAGCUGUAUUGUACUCCGUUUUGUUCGUGGACAGUUUGAUCCAACAUCCAAGGUAACUGUUGGAGCUUCUUUCUUGUCUCAGACAAUUGCCUUGCAGGAUUCUACUACUGUGAAGUUUGAAAUAUGGGACACAGCUGGACAAGAAAGGUAUGCAGCACUGGCACCACUAUAUUAUAGAGGAGCUGCAGUUGCAAUUGUUGUGUAUGAUAUAACUAAUCCUGAAUCAUUUGCCAAAGCACAGUAUUGGAUCAAGGAAUUACGUAAACACGGAAGUCCUGAGAUAGUCAUGGCUUUGGUCGGUAAUAAAGCUGAUCUCCAUGAAAAACGAGAAGUACCAGUUCAAGAUGGAAUCGACUGUGCUGAAAAGAAUGGGAUGUUCUUUAUCGAGACAUCUGCCAAAACAGCAGAUAAUAUAAACCAGCUGUUUGAGGAAAUAGCCAAGAGACUCCCUCGCCCUGCUCCUUCCUGAUUUUGAAACUUUGAGAAUUUAAUUGUGAGCUACAGAUUGCUGGAUCUGCUUGUAUCAUACUGUAUUACUGUUUUAUGUUUUUCCAGGAUUGCAAUUUUAUUACUGUGGUUCUGUUGGAGUUCUGUCAUAAUUUUUCAAAACUUGGGACGUAGGUUUACAGCCCCAUCAUAUAAGUGUAUUAUAUUCAUAAAUGGUACUCAGAAAAUAUCGCUAUAAAUGCAUAGUUAUAUUGUGAAGUC